CGGCCGGUGCCUCCAGGCAGGAGAGCCGAGCGGGAGGGCCGCCGGCGCCGUGAGAAGCCACCACGAGGUUUUCGCCCCGGGCCCGACUGCGCCGUGGCCCCUCCUCCAUUUUGGUUCCACGUUUUCCCCUCCAGGUCCGGACUGCUUGGACGCACGGGGCCCAGACACGGCAGCUGGCGCUGGGCGACUUCCUUAUUGGUUCAGUUAAUCUGGUCCUCAGUUCCCAGGGCUGGAAAGCCCCCUGCCCUAGGUCCCAGAAGUGGAUGCUGCCUUGGGCCCUGGUUGAAUGCAUUUUUAAAAAUUAUUUUUAACAUUCUUACACCUUCUUUACUAGUACUAUUACUAGUAAUUCAAAGCAAAACCAGGAUGCCCGCUCUUUUCCGGGAACGACCUGGUUUUUUUCAAGAAUUUGCCUGCCCCCUUCGUCCCAUAGCACGUUCCUGUUACGGGACCUUUUUCUUGGUUCGUUCACAGCUGUGGUCCCAGCGCCUCCAGCACGGCGUCUGCCAUGUGAUUGGGCCCAGAUGUUAACCUGAGGACGGGUCCUCUGAGGGGAAAGGACGCUGACGCUGGAAGGAUGCGUGCAGCGGUUAGAAACAAAAUGACCUUGUCCUCCGUCUGUGCGAAGAUCGUGCAGCUGCUGGGCCAGAACGAAGUGGACUACCGCCAGAAGCAGGUGGUCAUCCUGAGCCAGGACAGCUUCUACCGCGUGCUCACCGCCGAGCAGAAGGUCAAGGCUCUGAAAGGCCAGUUCAACUUCGAUCACCCGGAUGCCUUUGACAAUGAACUCAUCUUCAAAACUCUCAAAGAAAUCACCGAAGGGAAAACAGUCCAGAUUCCCGUGUAUGACUUUGUCUCCCAUUCCCGGAAGGAGGAGUCGGUCACGGUGUACCCCGCAGACGUGGUGCUAUUCGAAGGGAUCCUGGCCUUCUACUCCCAGGAGGUGCGAGACCUGUUCCACAUGAAGCUGUUCGUGGACACGGACGCAGACACCCGGCUGUCCCGCAGAGUAUUAAGGGACAUCAGCGAAAGAGGGCGGGACCUCGAGCAGAUUUUAUCUCAGUACAUCACGUUCGUCAAGCCUGCCUUUGAGGAAUUCUGCUUGCCAACAAAGAAAUACGCGGACGUGAUAAUCCCCAGAGGUGCAGACAAUCUAGUGGCCAUCAACCUUAUUGUGCAGCAUAUCCAGGACAUCCUGAACGGAGGGCCCUCCAAACGGCAGCCCAACGGCUAUCUCAAUGGCUACACCCCUGCGCGCAAGCGACAGGCCUCGGAGUCCAGGAGCCGGCCUCACUGACCCCGUCGCCUUGAGACCCCGGCCCCACGCUCCGGGAGACAGGAGACGGGGCAGGAGGCUCUGCUCCCCUGUACAUAUGGUUUCCUAGGACACUGCUUAUUUAAGAAAACACCCUGGAGAUGAAAUGCCUUUGAUUUUGUUUUUUUGUUGUUCUUUGGAGCGGUAAGAUGAAACAGAACUCGACCCGAGCUUACAUGACAAACUGUGCCAACUACUACUGGUAAUGCCUAAUUACGAAGCCAACAUGUAACCAGUUAUAAAUACAUACAUACAUA